AUGCCCAACCACUCGAAGGCACACCAAAUCCCAGCAGCCUCUUCUUCAGUGGCUUCCUCCAGCCUUGUGGCUCACAUGAAGGACACCGAGCUGGUCACCAGAGGGGCCCUGGAAUUUCCACGCUGGGAGGCUGCGCCUCCCCCUCGAGGGGGACCCACUGGGACGACUACCUUGCCACAACUUGCCUUGUCGCCACAGCUGCCGACAGGUCCCGUGGUGAUGGUGGCCCCACCGAGUGGGCGUCUUAGCACAUCGCCACACACCCAGGCCCUGCUUCAGGAAAAGCAGCAUUUCGUACACCAGCUCACUUCCACUGAGGUCCUUGGCCGGCCCCCACUGGUACACAUGACACCGCUGAGCACCCCGGCCCUGAUCAGCCUGCCGUCACCCCCCGAAAUCAUCGCCUAUAAGACCAGAACCUCCCAGCUGCACAGCCUUCCUCCUGGGAUCAAUCUCGCCAACUUUGAGUGGUCGCCCAAGGAGCCGGCCAACAUGCUGACGACUUACCUCUGUGCCUUCCCCAGUGGGCCCAGCGCUGGGGAUGCCUCCGCUUUCCGGCUUGGCCCCAAGAAGGAGAGCAUCCUCCAGACGUGCCCCCUGGACAGCUCCCAGAGCUGCUGGUGGCCCGGUUGUGAGAAGGUCUUCCUGGAACCAGGGGAGCUCGUGAAACACCUCCAAGAGGACCACCGCCUGGAUGAGAAGGGGAAGGCCCAGUGUCUCAUCCAGAAAGAGGUGGUACAGAAUCUCGAGCAGAAGCUGUUCCUCGAGAAGGAGAAGCUGGGGGCCAUGCAAGCCCACCUCUCCGGGAAGCUGGCACUGGUGAAGCCCCUGGCCGUGAACCCCUCCACAGAGAAAGUGACCUACUGCCCAUCAAGGAGCCUGGGCCCUACCUGGUCAACCUGGCCAGGCUCCCCGGAGGACAAAGACAAAGCACAGCUCCCAGGGCAGGGCCUCUUUGCAGUCAGGAGGCAUCUGUGGGGCAGCCAUAUGUCUCCAGAUUUUGUCCAUAAUCUGGAAUACUUCCGAUCUCACAACCUGCGGCCGCCCUUCACCUAUGCCACUCUUAUCCGCUGGGCCAUACUGGAGGCCCCGGAGAAACAGCGGACGCUCAACGAGAUCUACCAUUGGUUCACCCACACAUUCGCCUUCUUUCGGACCCACCCAGCCACCUGGAAGAAUGCCAUCCGGCACAACCUGAGUCUGCACAAGUGCUUUGUCCGAGUGGAGAAUGAGAAAGGGGCAGUGUGGACCGUUGACGAGUUUGAAUUCCGAAAGAAGAGAAGGCCUCGGCCCAGCAGAGAUCAAGACUUGAAACGCUUACUGGCCUGUACCCCGAUGGCCGUGACGGAGGCCUGGCUCCCUCUGCCCCAUCGCAAUAGCCACAUCUGAGCCCAGCUGCUAAAGAAACCACUUUUAUUUACUGUCAUUGUUCCGGUCCCCCCAGUGGAGGAGGGCCUCGCUCUCCUUCCACCAAUAAAGGCCACGUGGCUGAAGCAGACACUGGUGGAGGGUGUGCCGCUGCCCAUCCCCAUCCCUAUCCGGCGUCGACGCCAGCCUCAUGCUUCGUGGACUCGACCCAAAAGGCCUGCGUUCUCUUGGCGGACUGCUUUGUAGUCCUCCAGGAUCUUUUCCAGAUUGCUCAGAGUCUUCUUGCCGGUCUCCGUCUCAAUCUGGCGUAGAGAGGAAACGGUUAGGGAGGUUCCCCCUCAUCCCCACCAAUGAGCACGUGCUGCCCGUUAUCAAGUCAGGCUCACCAAGGCCCCCCAUGACCAGGAUGAGGAAGGAGGGGGGGCGGGAUUCAAUGAGCUCCUCCUGGAUUCGGGCCUUCUGCUAGGUAGGCCCCAGCGGGCUUCCCUGACCUUCUCCUCCCCUCCUAACAAG